AUGGCGGGAUAUUCCAGACCGCUCAGCUUUUCUGAAAGGCGAGGGAGUGUGUUCAGCGACGAACUAUCUCUCAAUACUCAUUCAGUCAAAAUGUCGCAACAGCGUCCUCGGGGACCUCCCACCCCGAGCAUGAGCACGCCGGCAGCCGAUUUUGAUCAGCAGCUCACUGGCUCCCCACCGCCGCCACCGACGCCAGCGGCAUCGCCAGGACCGUCGCACUCACGGCCCAACUGGAGCAGCGCCGAAGAAAGCGAGGAGGUGUAUUUAUCCGAGCUUCGACAACACUUCGCCAAGUGCAGUAGCCCGCAGAGAACACGCCUUCUUGCUGACUUGCUAAACCUCUGCACCAGCCAGCAACUCAGCUUUGUGCAUCAAUUUGUCAGCCCGCUGCUGAAAAAGGAUCCCUUUACCAGCCUUCCAGAUGAACUCUGCCUUAGAAUUCUGUCGUUCAUCGACGACCCAAAAGUGUUGGCGCGGGCAUCCCAGGUUUCCCGGAGGUGGCGCGAUCUUCUCAGCGAUGACAUGACGUGGAAAAAUCUGUGCGUAAAACACGACUAUCAGCGGAGGCUGUCUGAGGUCCACCCGUCAAUGCAACUGCUCCCAGUCAUCAGACCAGAAAUAUUCCCAAUCAGCCACCAAGAUGGCGCCCCCACGAGUCACAGCUAUCCGGGAGCGAUUCCGCAGCUGCCGUCGAUUACACCGGGGUCUCUGAGCCUCGAUGGGAGCUCUAGCGCAAUUACGACUUCUCGACCCAGGGUCAAGUCAUACAAGUCGCACUUCAAGCAGAGAUAUCUUGUCGAUGCUGCCUGGCGGACCGGCGGUCACAACAUCACGAGGAACAUCACUCAAGACGGUGGCGUUGUGACUAGCCUGCAUCUCACUUCCAAGUACAUCAUUGUGGCCCUUGACAACGCCAAGAUCCAUGUAUUCGAUACUGAAGGAAAUGCGCAACGGACUCUCCAGGGCCACGUUAUGGGUGUGUGGGCGAUGGUGCCUUGGGAAGAUAUUUUGGUUAGCGGCGGUUGCGAUCGCGAUGUCCGAGUCUGGGAUUUGAAGACAGGGGCUUGUCUUCACACUUUGCGGGGGCACACCUCAACCGUCCGCUGCCUUAAGAUGUCAGACGCCAAUACAGCGAUAUCUGGGUCUAGGGACACGACUCUGCGGGUAUGGGACAUCCGAACAGGGCUGUGCAAGAACGUCCUUGUGGGCCAUCAGGCGAGUGUCCGCUGCCUUGAAAUUAAGGGCGAUAUCGUUGUCUCUGGCAGUUACGAUACCACGGCCAAGGUUUGGAGCAUAUCGGAAGGCCGCUGCCUUCACACCCUUCAGGGACACUACAGCCAGAUUUACGCAAUCGCCUUUGACGGCUACAGAGUAGCCACCGGCAGCCUUGAUACGAGUGUCAGGAUUUGGAAUGCCGCUACUGGUGAAUGCCAGGCGGUUCUCCAGGGCCAUACGUCACUCGUCGGGCAACUUCAAAUGCGUGGCGGUACGCUCGUUACUGGAGGUAGCGAUGGGUCGGUUAGAGUCUGGUCAUUAGAGAGGUUUUGCCCUAUUCACCGCCUCGCUGCGCACGACAACAGUGUCACCAGCCUGCAGUUUGACGACACGCGAGUUGUCAGCGGUGGCAGCGAUGGGCGAGUCAAAGUCUGGGAUCUCAAGACUGGCCACCUUGUUCGCGAACUCAUAACCCAAGGUGAAGCAGUAUGGCGCGUUGCCUUUGAGGAGGAAAAGUGUGUCGCCAUGGCGCUGAAGAACAGCAGAACGGUUAUGGAGGUCUGGUCUUUCUCUCCUCCCGAUGAGGUGCUUUAUGAACGGCCCUUUUCAUUACCUCAGAGGGUAUUAGACGCGCCGGUUCCUGAAAGGCCGCUGAGUGCCUUCUCUCUCGACUACGACAAGUCCGGGAGCGUUAUGCAGGACGUGGAGAUGCUCGAUGCCGGUCCGUCCACUGCUCCUCUACAGCAAUCUAGGACUAACUUCUUCAACGAUGACGAUGAGAACUUGUGA